AUGUGCGGCUCUGAAAAAAGUAGAAAACUUGAGAUGAGCUAUGGGAAAGAAAGAAUGACCGAUCAAAUAGAGCUAAACCAGUCGAAGCUUGGAACACGGGAAUACUGGAACGAAUUUUAUCGUAAAGAACAGCAGAACUUUCAGGAUAAUGAAGACGACACGGGAGAAUGUUGGUUCAACGAUUCUAACGCCGAGGAGAAAAUGAUUGAAUUUAUAAUCAACAAUAUUCAGGAAGCCACAUUCCCCGAUGGUUUGGCAAACAAGUCUGAUAUUCUGUUUCUAGAUAUAGGUACAGGCAAUGGCCAUUUGCUUUUCCAAUUAUGCGAACAACUCAAUGAGGAAUUGGGAGACAAGAAGGAGGGAAAUCAAUUCCAUUUCCAUGGGAUCGACUACUCUCCCGACUCAAUACAAUUUGCCACAAGUAUUGCUGAAAAAAAGUACCCCAAAAACAGUUUCAACUUUUGUCAAGUUGAUCUUCUUUCUAAAGAUGAAGCAUUUUUGAAUUCCCAUAGCUUUGAUAUACUAUUAGACAAGGGUACAUUAGAUGCAAUUGCAUUAAAUCAAGACCCUAUUGCAGAAUUUGGCGGGAAAAGGGGAAUGGAUGUGUAUGCUAAACAAGUAGCCAGAAUGAUGAAGACGCACUCUAUAUUAUUAAUUACGUCUUGUAACUUUACUGAAAAAGAGUUGAUUACUUUAGUAACGCUGGGAACCAAUUUGAAAGUAUGGUCUAAAAUAAAAUACCCAAAUUUUUCAUUUGGUGGUAUGGAAGGUUCAACAGUAGUCAGCAUAGCAUUUGUUCAAAAUGGGGAGUUUGCGUAG